UUUCUGACAAAAUUUUCUGGGGACUCUACUAAGAAAGUUGUUUAGAUGACAUUGAGCAAGAAUAAAAUACAAAUCUUAACUUUUUGAGAUGCCAUUUUUGAAUCAUAAAAUAGGAAAUGCUAAUGUCCCUGUUGACUUUGAGGAACUUGUAAUCAGUGGAGCAAUCACAACAGACUCUGGAGUAAUCGACCAAGCAGUCUCAUCUAUCAAGAGAAAUCGAGUAGCACUCAAAGGCGUGCUGUCCACCCCACUGGAUGGUCCUGCAGAUUCAAGAUCACUCAAUGUGCAGAUGAGAGUCAAUUUGGAUCUAUUUGCUAGUGUUGUUCAAUGUAAGACUCUUCCUGGUCUGGACACAAGACAUGGAAACAUUGAUAUUGCUGUGAUUAGAGAAAACACUGAAGGAGAAUACAGUGGACUAGAACAUGAGAGUAUUGAUGGUGUGGUCGAAAGUUUGAAAAUUAUUACAAGGGAGAAGUCUCACCGAAUUGCGAAGUUUGCUUUUGAUUAUGCCAUGCAGAACAACAGGAAGAAAGUCACUGCUAUACACAAAGCUAACAUCAUGAAACAGGCUGAUGGUAUGUUUCUUGAAUGUUGUACACAAGUUGCUGAGCUGUACCCAAAGAUCAAGUUUGAAUCAAUGAUAGUUGACAACACUUGCAUGCAGCUGGUGGCUAAUCCUCAACAAUUUGAUGUUAUGGUUAUGCCUAAUUUGUAUGGUAAUAUUGUAAGUAAUGUGUGUGCUGGAUUGGUGGGCGGUGCUGGUGUAGUGCCAGGGAUGAAUAUUGGUGAUCAGUAUGCCGUCUUUGAACAGGGUGCAAGACACAAGGCUAUUGAAUUAGCUGGUAGGAACAAGGCAAAUCCAACGGGAAUCAUUUUGUCUGCAGUUGCAAUGCUGAAUCACCUCAAGUUAGGAGAACAUGCCUCAGCUAUUUCCAUAGCUUUGAAGAAAGUUAUUGCAGAUCAGAAGAUUCUUACGUCUGAUCUGGGAGGUUCGGCAGGAACAGGAGAGUUUGUUCAAGCCAUUGUGAAGGAAUUGCAUGAUAUUGCCAUUGCUGAAAAAGCAUGUAGAUACUGUCAAUAACAGUAAAAGAGUAAGGUGACCAAGUACAGUAUUGAUAUUAGAAUCAGAUAUACAUAAAGAAGUGUGAAAAAGUACCUAUAUAAUCGAUCAGCAGGUGUAGAGAAAGUGAACCAUCUUGUUGUCAUCAUCAGGGUACUUAUUUGCACUUAGAGAUGUGCUUCUAAGCAUGGACAGACUGUUUUCAGACAUAGAACUUGAGGCAUAGACAUCUGCUUACAUGAUGUUCCGUUGCUAUAUAUGAUGCAUGUACAGCUGAUGUGUAAUGUGGGGGGAGGCGAAGGGGUUGGCGGGUGGACUGGAGUUGAGUACCUCUACGUGCUGAGCCUGGUAACGUAUGCGGCUAAGCUUGAUGCCCACUUGACAGUCCUCGUGUGAAGUAGUCCAGAGAUUGUCAGCAGUUCCACUUGUCUUGGUUUUGCAAAUCAAUGAAGUUUCAGAUUUCAUCAGCAUAUGUAGUUGGUAUUCCAGUUCUUGUUGAUUUUGAAAUGAUAACUAGGGCGUUUGUGGAUGUUGCAAAAUGGGGGAUAACUGUUCGCUCUCAAUCAGCAAAACCAAAGGAAUAGUCAUGUGUUCUGUGACAGGGAUAUGGUUUUGGUUCAUGUUGAUGGAGGGGAAACUGAGAUGGUGGAUUGCUUUAUGUACUUGGAGCUAAUGUAUCAAGAGAGAUGGAGAUAUAAUGAUGUCUGAUUUUAGCAGUAGUAUAGGCUUUCCCAAAGGUUAUGGGGCUCUGAGGAAACCUAUUUUCAACAACUCCAACAUGUCAGUGGAUACUACGAGAGCUAUUUACAAAGAACUGGUUUUGGCAGUGCUAUUGUGUGGAUCUGAAACUUGGGUGUUAAAAUCACAACACACAACAAGACUGUCUUUCACAAUUGUUGUGUGAGGACUAUAGUAGGAGUCACCAGUGGCAAGAGAGCCUAACAUAGCAACUCCAGCUUUCAAUGAAAGGUUUAAUUGACAUGACUUGACCAUUUUUGAUGUCAAAAUGGAGGGGCGGCUAUGGUGUCAUGUAUAUUGGUACAUGAGGGUCGUCUUCCAAAGAAAUUGGCGUGGGAUUUAAGGAAGACAAGACCUGGCCAUGAAACAAAGAGGAAGUGGAGAGAUUUAGUCACGAUUUGGAGUCAAUAGGUGUCAAGGACAGCGUGUACAAGAAGUGCCAAGACAAGAACGGAUGUUUAAGAGGAAGUCAAUAAGGUAUCAGUAAAUGUGUAGGAAGAACAAAGAACAGAUGUGCAGCAAACAUGCUAUCUAAGGGGAAGGGUUACAUCUGUAAAUGCAGGAGACCAUUUCAACGAUCAGGCAACCUUACAAGGCAACGGAUAUUUUUCCAGAGUGCACUAUACAUGUCAAUUUCCCAGGAUGGCAAUGCAAGGUUGCUGUUAUCAUAGUGCACCAUAUAACAGCUAUGGACAACUUCAAGGUUCAAGUCCAGGAUGAGCCAAGGUGUGAUUCCCGUGAGCAAGGAACUCGCAGACAAUUGCCUCUCUUGACUCGGGAGUAGAAAUGAGUACUGUACCUGGUCUUUCACUGGGACCGGUGGCAUUGGCACCAUAAGAUAUCCUGCAGCAUACUGGUACUUGUGGGCUUGAGAUCCAAUCCCAGAGCUGCGCCAAAGUCUGCCCAGGCCCUGUGUGAUACUGACAGGUGAAGCUAUCUUUGGAUACAAAACAUCUGAACGGCUUAGCCAUUUCUCUCUUUUAGUCUGUCACGUGUCAACAGGCGACUAUUUUUGGGUUACUCAAAUUAUCAUAACGUUUGGGAGAGGGGGGGGGGGUACUUACAUUGACUGAAGCGAAGUGACUGAAUGCCGUUGCCGCUCACGUAUCUAUUCUGCUAACUGGUAUAUUAGAGGUAGUUGAUCAAUGUACAGUGGUGUUAAAGUUAGUGGUGCGAGUUAUACGUCUAUAUCUUUUGUCUACUGCGUGUCUUCCGCUGUGCGUGUGUACCGACUCUAGCCUUCCUUCAAACGACCCGUAACAUUGGGGGCUCAGGCGGGAAAGGAAGAGAAGCAUAGAAAUAACGGGAAACGCUGGUAUUCAGUGGAAGAAGGGACGUGAUAGAAAGAUAAUCGAUGGAGCGUUUGGUGGAACUCGGUGAAAGAAUGGACUGCAAGGUAAGGAGUUACAAUCCUUUGUGGUUGAGCAGCAGUCGAUUGAACGAGAAGACAGACAUAAAGAAAGGGAAUAGAGAGUGUUGGAGUUGGAAAACGAAGAAGCAACACACAGGCUCAAGUUAGAAAUGAAAAAGAUAGAGUUGGAUGCCGCUGCCGUAGGCACACGAGCGGUUGAGCCAGAGCCCGGAAGCAAAGGGCGUACAAGCAAGUUUCCUAAAUUAGAUACGU